GCGACAGCGGUUGCAGCGAGCUGACAGCUGAGAUCCCGGCCCGAGCGUUUCUACCGCCCUGAGGCUCUCAGCACUAUAAACCGGAGGCACGUGUCAGCAUGAUGAUUAUGUACUAGCACCUGAGGAAGAUACCUGCCUUAAGACAGUGUGGUACACUUACAUAACUCUAUUUGGAGUCAUCUCAAAUGAUAUUACCAGAUGCCUGUGGAGCAGCCAGAGAAAUUGACGAACUCAGAAAUCCCACAUCCUCCUACAUCCCAGAUUCCAGGUCUUGGUGAUCUUGCAAAAGCUCACAAUGAAGGGAUGCUUGGGUGCCGUAGGAGGUGGAUCAAAGAUACUGAUUCAGCUUACAUAAGGCUAGCAAAGCAAGGAGGCCGACCUGACUUGUUGAAGCACUACGCUCCUGUUACAAGGAAGUCAACGCCAGUAGCAUAUGCUGCGCCUGACUGGUACUUGCACCACUCCAGUCCUCCAGCAACCAAUGAGCCACGGAACAGUAUUUCCACUCUGCCUGAUUAUAUGGUUCACAAAGAGUUUAAUGAUGACCAUCAUCGUAGUAAUUAUGAGACAAGAAGAGGGCCUUUUGAUUUUGAUACGAAAAGUGUUUGGCAACGAGAUGCUGAGGACAAAGAAAACACAGAGAAAAAAAAGGUAAAGCUCCCAGCUAUAAAUGCUAAAUAUCCAAGCAGAACAGCAAAUGUUUGUAUGAACAAGGAGUUCAGUGGGAAAAAUAAGCUUUCCUUUCCACCAAUGCCUGCUCAGAGAAAAGGUGAAGCAAUAAACUUUAGCAAAUUAAUCAGCAAUGGUUAUGGAACAGACUGGCUUCUGCAAUAUAGUGGAUGUGGAAAAAAGAUUCAAAAUACAUCAGAAGAUAGCAAGAAGUCCCAAGAUUCAGAGCCAUCACAGUCUGAAUCAGCACCUACAAGCGAUGAAUUGAAGCCACAGUUUCAGGAGUGUAAACAGUAAUUAGAAAGGCUAUUGGGGAAAGUAAGGUAUUAUAUAGCUUAUGAUAAAGUCCACUAUUUACAUCUUUGCUUGAUUACUUCUAUCUUACUAGCUUACAUUUAUAGUUGAACUCAUUUCUGAUUGUAGUUCAGCUGAAUUAUAACACUGAUUAACAUCAUUGUGCUCAAUUACAGCAAACUUUAAAGAAAAGCUGCCAGUACAUAUACCUGGAUUUUUUUUUUAUUUAUAUAAAAACUGAAGUUCUCUUCUAUACCAGACUUGUUGGCAUUUCCUAUUGAAGACUAAUAUUGAAGGAGAUGCAUCAGUAGGCUAAAAGUGGCAUGGGCUAAGUUACACAUUUAUACAUUCAGCCUUUUAAGUUAAAAAUAAAUAUUUAUCCUGAAUUCUGAAUGCAACAAAUGUAUUAUAUGCUAGAUACUUUUCUUUACUCAAAGCAAUAAAACAAUUUGUACUUUGAAAAACAAUGUAUCCAAAUUAUUUAAGGCUUCUGAAAUAUGCAUAUGGACAUGUUAACACCUGUUCUUUUGUGUGCUUGAACUAGAACAUAACCUCAAAUUCUAUGAAAAAUUAAAUGCUUUAUAAUAAAAACUGUUAGGAAGCUGA